GUGGAACGCCCCUUAUCGUUUCAACCUUACCCGUGUGCUUUUUUCCCAUUCAUUAUUAUUCUCUUAACAGCGAGCCCUACCAACUGUUGUCACUCCCUUCGCUCCUGCAUUCAAGACAGAUUCACAAUGCAUAUCUACAGGCGUCACGCCAGGCAAUUGGCGUGGUAUGAUGAUGAGGGGGAGCCGACCAACCACAACCCAUUCAAGAAGUUCAGAGCACGUCCACGGCACUCACGGUCGAGUCGUCUGGAGAGUGGAUUAUACCCUGUGAGGACGGCUGGCGAUGUAAGAACCUCAGAAGAGCGACGAAGACGCGCCGACGUCGCGGGCGGCCUGAGUGGCCCUCAGCAUGCGGAGACAUACCAUGCAGCAGAGUUGUCCAGCGCAGACCGUACGAGAGCAGCGUCCUACAGUGAUACUGACAAAGGUGGUCUUGGACAGUCGACUGAGAGCAACGAUCCGAUCAAUAUUCCAGAGCCUGCUCAUGACGCUUCAGGGGAGGGCAAGCCGCGACGGAGGAAGUUCUUUGGGAGAUUCAACGACAAAGAUGAGGGUGAUAAACUUGCGCUGUCAGAGUCUCAAGAGUCGAUGCCCGACAAACAAAAGUUCACUGUGGUGGGACAAUUGAAAGCGACACUAUUCAAUUCAUGGAUCAACAUCCUUCUAUUCGCCGCUCCGGCAGGGAUCGCCCUCUACUACGUUCAUGUCGAUCCCAGGGCAGUGUUCGUUGUCAACUUCAUUGCCAUCAUUCCACUGGCUGCGAUGUUGAGUUAUGCUACGGAAGAGAUUGCGCUACGGACUGGCGAGACCAUCGGAGGUCUUCUGAACGCGACUUUCGGCAAUGCUGUCGAACUGAUUGUUGCGAUCCUGGCUCUUGUCGACAACCAGGUUCUCGUCGUGCAAACGUCCUUGAUCGGAAGUAUGCUCUCUAACCUGCUGCUCGUCAUGGGAAUGUGCUUCUUCUUUGGUGGAGUCAACCGCAUGGAACAGCACUUUAACGUCGUCGUUGCGGAGACAGCAGCGAGUCUGCUCGCGUUGGCAGUUGGCAGUCUUGUCAUCCCAACCGCUUUUCACAACUGGUCUAAUGCCGGUACCCGAGGAAUCGCUCCUUUGUCUCGAGGAACUAGUAUCAUUCUCCUGGUCGUGUAUGGGGCGUAUCUGUUCUUCCAGCUGAAAUCCCACACGGAGCUUUACAACCAACCAAGCCAGAAGGUUGAAAAGCGAUUUACCUCGAUAGGCCAAGGUGACGCCAACAAAGGAAUUGCCCGAAUGGGUCAACUGCUGUCGACCAGUAUCGGAGCACCGGCAGAGCAGCAGGUGCAAAUAGCAGAGCCGGAAGAUGAGCCCGAGGAACCUCAGCUCAGUGUUCUGGUUGCGUUGAUCACGCUCAUAAUUUCGACUGUCCUUGUGGCUCUGUGUGCGGAAUUCAUGGUCGACUCCAUCGAUGCGAUUACGGCGACAGGCGCUAUCUCGAAGACAUUUGUUGGACUGAUUCUCCUUCCCAUUGUUGGAAACGCAGCCGAGCACGCCACCGCUGUUACGGUGGCCUGCAAAGAUAAGAUGGACCUUGCGAUCGGUGUGGCAGUUGGAUCCAGUAUGCAGAUCGCUCUGCUGGUCCUGCCUCUCAUCGUUGUCAUCGGAUGGUGCAUGGGUAAUGAUGACAUGACUCUGUAUUUCGAUGGAUUCCAAGUCAUCCUGUUGUUCAUUGCUGUCCUUCUCGUCAACUACCUGAUUGCAGACGGCAAGUCGCAUUGGCUAGAAGGUGUCCUUCUGAUGACUUUGUAUAUUAUCAUUGCUGUUGCCGCGUGGUUCUAUCCUUCUCACGAGGACUCCACUGGAUGAAAGAAAGAAUUGCUCGAAAGAAAAAAAUCUUGAAUUAUGAGCGUCAGAACUGGGUUCUGCACGUCUUGUCUAGCCCAUCCAGCAUUUUCUUA